AUGGGGCUCAGAACACGCGACAACCGGAAUGAGUUCCGCUGGAACCCUGACGGACGCACGGCCAGUUGCACCGACAACAGCCAUUGCAAAAACUGGGGCAGGGAUGCUGUUCGCGGAUGCUUCGGCAAUACUCCGCAUGACGACCUCUGCAAUAACCACUUGGGCCUCUGCAUCGUCGCAACCACGGACCCGGCGGCCUACUGUUUGUGCGGUUGGGGAGAACCGACGGUCGACGCUUGUCACCGCGGCCCUGCUGCCAGCGACAUUACCGGAGCGGGACAGGCCUUCACAUACUGCAUCCAGAACUGCGUAGAUGACAGCCUCGAGCCCAACGCUAAGGACAAUGGAGGGAACGGGCUGUGCUCCCUGGCCGAGAACCCCGUGGACGAGGACCCUUGCCUCGGGUCUUGA